AUGACUGAAGUGAAGGUCUCCCUGCGGAUCCCAAGCCAGUUUCAAGACAACCCUCCUUGUCCUAGUGAUGAAAGCGUUAAGAUUGAAGAGAGACAGGGGAUGACCAUUUAUUCCACGCAGUUUGGUGGCUAUGCCAAAGAGGCAGAUUAUGUGAACUAUGCUGCCCAGCUGAAGUCUGCUCUGGGGAGUGAAGCUGCAUACCGCAAAGACUUCUACUUCUGCAAUGGUUACGACCCCCCCAUGAAGCCUUAUGGGCGACGCAAUGAGGUCUGGUUUGUGAAGGAGUGA